AGUAUGGUCUCUCAUCAAAUCCCAUCAAAAUAAUCAAGUAACUUACGUGAAGAUUUGUUGUAAAAGAAGUUUUAUGCGCUAAAAUAUCGUUUGUCUCUUCAAGAAAUUAUGUUGAACUAUAGACAGGGCUUGUUAGUGCGCGUUUUCUUGGCAAGCUUAAUUGGACUUGUAUCGUUUGUUGGUGAUAAAGGCUUGCAGAAUGGAAAGAGUGAGAUUGUACGGGCUAUUUCUGAUAACUUGACGCAUGCCACUGUUGGCGGCAUUACAUGGACUCUGGUGCUAGUCUUAUCAAAAAAAUCUGUGGUGGAUAAUCUUGGAAGCAUUGUUGUUUGCUUUUUUAUGUCUUCGUUAAUCGAUAUCGAUCAUUUCAUCACAGCAGGAAGUUUUGAUAUUAAUGAUGCUACACAUCUUAAUCAUAGGCCUUUCUUGCACUGUACGACAAUACCAAUCACUUUAUGGAUAAUAAUGAGUUUGACUUCCAAAAUAGCUAAUAUUCCAGUUUUGAUAUCUUACGCAUGGAUGAUUCUGGCAAGUUUCAUAAGCCACCAUGUACGUGAUGGGAACAGAAGAGGUCUAUGGUUCUGGCCAUUUGGCUCAACGCAACCAAUUCCAUAUUACUUUUAUUUGAUCAUAUGCAUGUUGCUGCCAUACUUCAUACAGUGGAUAAUGGAAUGGCAAUUGACCAAGGAGACCGAAGGCUUGUCAUUUGUGAACAUUGUUUAAUCGUAUUAUGUAGACAGCAAUAGAUACACAAUAACAUUUGUUAUAAGUGGUGCAUUGAUGAUAUGUGCCUUUGCUAUAUACCUAUGCAUACAUAUUUUUAAUACUCGACCAAACAGUGAGAAAUUAUUAUUCUACAAUAUUCUAUUGUAAGUUACAAAAUAGGAAGAAUAUCUACGAAAUUGUUGUUCUAGUCUAAGAAUAUAUAAUAUUUUACGCAAUGUAUUUUGCACAAUAAAAAUUUUAUAAGGUCUUAAACACAAAAUUCAAAAUGAUAUUCUUGACAAACUAGUCCCGUAUGCAGCGCAAGAAAAAUCAAGAAAAAAUCCCGAAAUACAGCAAAUAAAUCAGCUCGAGGCACCGACUCAUCGAUAAAUCACAGGCUUCGAAAAGAGAUGGAAGAAUAAGGAUUGAAGAAGAAAAAGGCCCGCGAGCGCUGCGCAUUCCGAUCCUCCUCCUGUGCUGCUUUCGCACAUAAAUAUUGUCCUACGCGUAAACAAUGAACGACGUUGAGGUGCACUUUUUUGAUUCCCGCCGCUCCGAGAUGACCAGGAUCUGGCGAAGCCGCUGCUGUCGUCGGAGAAGGAUAUAACCACGGAUAUAGUUGACUUCUGCUGAUUUAAGGAUUUUUUUGAAUUUCGCGCGCUCGCUUUUGCGAAAUAUGGCGACCCUCGAGGAGCUGGAGCUCUACUUCUACAUCUCGUGCGGCGUUACGGGCCUCUGCAUCCUCGUGAUCUUCAUCCUCAUCGGGGUCCUCUUCGUCAAGGUCAAUCGCCUGGUGUCCGACGACUCGAACCAAUUGGGAAGGCAGGCCAACAUGAUGGCCGAGUUCUGCUACACGAAUCCGACCAUAGUCCCAGGCGAGGAAUUGUCGCGUCGGGGCUUCUCCAUGUACAGCGGAUCCGACAACCUGAUCGACGAGUACGGCAUUCGCAGCAAGUACUCGGGGCCGAAUCACGAGACCCGCUCCAAGUUUUAGAGGACCUCGAGUGAUAUAAAACCAGAUAAAGGGAUAUAUGUGCUUGCCAGACAAGCGUUUUCAAUGUCAAGAGAUGGAGGAGGAUACAUUUGCGGGAUUAUCGCGGCGACUCCAUGUGAUUUUUCAAUCAGACAGAAUAUUUACUUUUCUACACGUGUGUAGAACUGAUCAAGAAUGCUCUGAGAAAUUGAUGGAAAGGCAAUAGGUUGCGUGUACAUAUUUUACGUUAUUUCGUGAAGUUUUCUCUCAAGACACUUUUUACAUCGCGAUGUGUGAUUAAAAAUGUCCUUGAAAGACAAACUGACAUUCGAACAAAUCUGUAAAUACUAUGUAAUAUAGAAAUUAGAACGCGUGUGCCUCAUCGUCGUGAUUCUAAGAUUAAUUUCAUUGUUAGCUUUUUAACUAUUUGAACCAACAGUGUUGGAUGAUAAAAAUUAUUUAUGUCUGUCUUGAGUAUUAAAGUCAAAUUUUAAUGCCACGAUAUAGCUGUGCGUUUUACAAUCGGCAUAAUUUACGGUCAAAUGUACUAAAAUAUUCGUUAUUAUUAGUUUGUAAGUUAUAAUUAUUAGUCACACAAAUUUUUAAAUUCGAUAUUAUAAAUAUGUAUGUAAUUCGUUAUUUGUUAAUAAAUUGUAAAGUGCCACGUGCACUAUAACACAAUGUUACAUUUUGUGAAUUCUUCUUGAUUGUCAAUAUAUUAAAUUUUACUUUACUGA